CUGUAGUUAAAAAGGUCACUUUUUUCGUUGUAGUACGGCGCGUUUAUGUGGCUUCUCUUCGAAGUAACGGCAACCGACGUUGGCAGGAGGAAGAGAAAAAAUAAGAGGAGGAAGCCGUGGUCAUCAGGUGAUUGAAAGCACCUCCGUGAAGACAUCAGUGUCUACAAACGGUGUGUAGUAUGUGGUGUGGAGUUAAAGAAGAGAUUCGGCAAACCAGAUGAUGAGCCCCACCUGGUGAAUAAAUGUAGGAGCGAAGAGGAGACGCAGCAGAGUCUACCACAAAGGACACGUCUGUCUAUCAAGGUUUGCUUCUCAGCCAGGUAUAUGUGGCCACAUUCUCUACUACCUCUGACUCUGCUGUGAAAAUGCCUUUUCUGGGCAAGGACUGGAGGUCACCAGGAUUGAGCUGGACCAAGACAGAGCACGGCUGGACGAGGACUGACCUCUGUGGACACAAGUUGCAGGAUAACAACAGAGUCGUCAAGUCAAGUCAAGUCAAUCCAAACAGGCUCUGCAGUGGCAACCAAGAAAAUGUGCUUGUGGAAGACGUGUGUGAGCUCGCCACAACAAAGAGGAAAAAGGAGUUCCACAACAAUAACACCAAAUCUCAGUUUGUCUACAGUGAUAAGUGGAUCUAUGUGCUGAAAGGGUACUCAAAAGAACGACCCGGAUAUUGCACACUUGGGGAAGCGCUGAACCGCCUUGACUUUUCCGUUGCCAUCCAAGACUUGAGAAGGUUCGACUAUGUUGCAAAACUAUUCCAGCUAAUAGCCAGGUCUAAACUAUCAUCUUUGAGUGGAGCUGCACAGAAAAACUAUUUCAAUAUACUGGAGAAGAUUGUACGAAAGGUCCUCGAUGACCAUUACAAUCCUCGCCUUGUUAGGGAGCUGCUGCAAGAUCUGAGCCUGACGCUGCAGGAUCUGAAUAUCCUAGUGGGCCAGUGUGUCCUCGUGGGCAACGUCAACAUCUGGUGCGACAGAAUAGAGACCAUUCAAAACUGGCAGCAGCAGCUAAAUAAUCUGCAGGUUCCCGAGAAACUAUACACUGGCAUAUCAUUCGACGACUUGCCACUGCACAUGCAGAAUAAGAUCUUCUUCAAUUUAUCAAAUGCGUGUGACAUCGUUAGCCUGGGAAAGGCCUCGUCUUCUCUGCUCAGCCUCAGUGAGAACCCGAUUCUGUGGAAGGAACUGUGCCACUUUCACUUCUCAGACAAAGAGUUCUGUAGGAAUUUGGUCCUGACAAAGGCUGACAACUUAGACUGGAAGCUAAUGUACUUCACCUUGAAGAAAUACUACCCCAUGAGGGAGCAGUACGGCGACACCCUGCACUUCUGCAAACACUGUCACGUCCUCUUCUGGAAGGAUCACCACCUGGCUGUAUUACUCAAGGACAGUGGCCAUCCAUGCACUGUUAAUGAUCCGGACAGCUGCGUCAUGCCUGUCUCUCCACAGCACUUUAUUGACCUCUUCCAAUUUUAAAGCCUCCAUGCUGCUCUCCAAGCCAAGCAUCUGUGUGCCCUCAUUCUCAAAGACCCAGGAGUGUGUGUGUGUGUACAAGACUUUUUUAUAGAAAAUAGUCUGUAAAGGGUUUUUUCUACAAAUAUCAAAAGUAGACAUUUACGACGUGUCAUGAUACGAUGACUCGUGUCUGUGACGGUUUGUUUAAACUAUUUCAAACUAUUUAAACGGACUUUUUCAUACAGUUUAUCUGCAAUAAGUGAUUGCAUGUCAUGUCGGACUCUCUGUUUACAUACCGUAUGUUGUCCUUUGUGAAUUCGUGCUCUGUUGAACGCAUCGACACUGAGAGAAAAUAGCGUUUUAAACUACUGAAGCCGGACAAAUAUUUAUACUGCCAAUGUACUUUUGUGUAAAAAAGGGAAGAAGAUUUUGUAUCCCUACUUUUGUAUUGCUCCUUUACUGUUCUACUCUUUAUGGUACUGUCAUGGAUUUUAUGAGAAUGGAAGUAGCUUAUUAAAACGAUAAUAUUUUUU